GGAGAACCUCUGAGUCAGAUUUCCCCAGUCUUCAGCACGCAUCCGGAGCGAGCACAACGAUGUUUUGAAGAGUCUCGGAGGAGUUUGGCCCUCUCAUUCUGGACUCACCUUUGCCUGAUUGACGAAGUUGCCAAAAAACGACUUUCCACGUGACGACGUGUUGGACGUCCGCAAGUUGCCUGCAUCUUUGAGACUCCACAUAAUUGUCUGUCCACUUAGUUGAUUCUGUCGAUUCUCGCACUAACCUACCCAUUCCGUCACAGCAGCCUCAGUUCUGAGGCUUGUCUUGACUUUUCCCGUACCUAGUGCCAUGCCACCUUCAUCUUUCCCGAGGAGCUACUCGGCUCGUGGCCCAUGUUUUUCCCGAGAUGGCUAUAGACAACAAUUAUUUGAACUCCUCAUGGCCAAGUCCGCCGGGAUCGGCGGCACUGUCUUGAACAACCGCUAUAUUUUUGAGGACACUCAACUGUCCAAAGCCGUCCUUCUGACUGGACCGGAGUGUUUGGGCUGUCACUGCCCGAUUUCUAACGAUAAUCGCAGCUCCUUGUGCCCCCACCACAUCGCUAUCAAGGCACCUUUCACUGGACAGUCCAGGCCUCGGUGGUGUUCCUCAAUGUAAGAUACGGCCAGGGAACGGACGGUUUUUCCACCACCAAAGUUUUGAGUUGAUUUCUAAGGCGAUGCGAGUUGACCUCCAUCGAGUUUUUAUAUCGUGCCAUCCAGCAUGUACCCUUAACUUCCUCGCAUAUCAGCCGGACUGGUGUUGUGAAAACGGAAUCCCAAAUUUGUUCCAUGGUCUAUGAAUCAUCAGCUGUGAAUACUUUCAACGAAAGGUGCUACUACACCUCCCCGCUAACCAGGCCAACAACUCAAGACUCUUCCCGUGUUGUGCUUGGCUUAGAACAAGGAGCUGAAGAGGUUAUCGUCGGUUCCAAUACCUCUUUGGUCUGAGUGAUCGCACCUGAAAUCGGUUAUUAGAAACUCGGACAUCAUUUUCAAACCGAGUGACAAUCCUUUGACGAUUACGGUGAAAAGAAGCUAUCUCCGAUGCAGAGUUCGUGACGUUGGAGUGACGUCGUCUUAAACAUCAUUAUCUUGAAGACUAUCAUUUUGUAUGAGAUUUCUAGAUAAUCCUUAAGUUGUGUUUGUAUUGUCUUAAGUGGAUGUACAAGAUGUGUAAUUGAAUCUUGAGUGCUAACAUCGCAUACUCGAACAUGGAUCUUCGUGGUCCACCGCCCUCAGUCGGUGGAUCAACCUCACCCUAUCUCUUCCGACCGAUCUUGGAACCACCAGAAGAUGGGUCUAAAGUGAACUCCACGCCCCAUUCAGGUUGGUCGUCUUCAAAUGUAGGAACCGUUUCCACGACGCAAUCUUCGUUCGUCAGCGGGGUUCCAAUCAGUUCCGUUGGCAUUUCCGGCGGAAACCUAACCAGUGCUGAGCGCCUCUCGGUCACUUCCCGAAUCCGAAUAAACUCUGGCUCCAGUGCACUUACCGUGAAUUCACCCACCAAUAGUUUGUCCGUAAACAAGGCUCCUAAACUUUACAAUUGUUGGCGAAGUAGUCAGGAGGCGUGGAGCAGCCAAGGCAGCCGACAGUCGAGUCGACCCGGCAGCUCAGCGUCAUCUCGCCCAUCCUCCCAGUGCAACAAUCUCUUGUACAACAAGUCCAACAAUAACUCUCUCACGGAUGUGUCCGUGGCACGUAACUUCCAACAAUUGUCUGUCUCCACUCGUCGAGCGGCCUUCAAGACUCAAAAAUGGUCUCAUUCCUUCGAUCAGUCUUGCGUGACGAGCUCGGCUCAAACCUCACCUGGACGUCGGAGACAAGCCAGCUUGAAGCAGAAGUCUCUCGAUCUUGAUUCCGGAUAUCUGGGCAGCUCCAAUGGGGACCUCAAGUCUAGCCAAUCCUCGUAUAGUCAGAGUAGUUGGGUCAAUGACUACCCUCAUAACAGCUUUUGUUCCCCGAUUGCGGAUGCCACUCUGGAGCUGCGGGAGCUCUGCUCGGAAGUCGAGGAACAGGAACACUCAAGAGCCCACGGUGUUAGCUACGCCAAACGAGGAGAAGAUCCCACAGACGACCUGUCGCGAUCAUCAUCCCUGCCUUCUUUUCCGGAGACUUUUAGCAACCCAAUCAGUCUCCGACAACACAUAUUGGAGAGUCAACAAAACCGCUUGCCCAUCUUGGAAUCGGCUCAAGACUUGAGCACCGUAGAUCAGGAUGAGGAGCAUGGCGACGAUCUGGACGAGGAAAUCAAAAUGAUCGUGGCCUUGGGCGAGUCUCAACCUCCAAUACCCCCCAAACCCCCUCUUCCCACUUUAUCGUUGGGGGAUGACGAAGUGCAAUCGUUUCUGGAUACUCAUUGUGCCGAGGAGGGACCCAUGGACCCCCCGCCAGACAAUGAGACUGGUGCUCAGGGAGAUUACACUGUGGAUGCGGUCUUGAUCGUUCCCCCUUUGAUCCAACGUCCACAUCCCCGUGCCAUUCGUCUUCCUGCCGUGAACUCCCUCCGCUACUCGGCCUCUAAGCCCGUGAAUUUCGAGUAUGUUUCGAGGUGUCAGAACACUAAUGUUGUGUACUCGUGCCCGAAUCGAAUGCAGAUGACACUCUCGAAUGAAAUGGAAGCAGAUUGCUCAGUGGAGCGAGCUUCGUCUGUAAGUGAUCGGGGUUCAGAGUCACCACUCAUGGUCAAGAGGGCCUUGAUUCGAACUCAAACGUCACCUGCACGCCUUCAGCAGACUCCUCUGUCACCGCAAGAUCGGGGGGAAUCAGCCUUCCCCUCACAUCCUAGUAUUUCAAUCAAGGAGGAGUCCCCGGAAGUGAAGAUGGGGGAAGAUCCGAGCGGAUCGUCAAUACCGUCAUCUCCCAAAUCCCUGGUGGUAACCACCUCGAUCAGCUCCGAAUCCUCAAGUACUCCCGCCACAGCCAUGCAUUUAGAGGCUCAACUUCCGACCUUUGAUGGUUCCCAUAGCACUCAGUUCUUCUCAGAUGAUCUCAUUGCCGACCACCACCACCACGGUAUUUGUUGCGGAAGCCCUGGCUUGUCUCCAUUUCGACCGGUGGGUACGUCAAACGGUUCGACACUCCUUCAGACGAAUAACAGUGGUUGUGAGCGGAUCUUCCAAUUUCCUCCCGCUUUCCCAAGUGGAACCACCAACUUAGAUCUGGGCAUUAAAGAGGAACCGUGGAUGAUGAGCAGCCUUCACGCCGACCCUUUCACUUCGUCCUCGGGUACACCGCCUCCCACUAGUCAAUAUUCGCCCAUGGCCAUUUCGCCCAACAUCAUCAACUCGAGCCUGAACACACCCCGAGGAUCGAUCACGUCCAUGCGAUCCCAUCAGCAGAGCCCCAUGCACACUGAUGUCAAUGGACUAGACAUGGGUGUGGACCCUUUACUUCAUCAGCAUUCUCAUCAUCCUCAGAAAGAAGCGAGCCCGUUAUCGUUCCUCAACACGCAAGACCUGUUGUUCCACCCGGACAAUGGUUCGACCAUGUCCAUGUAUGAUAAUAAUCUCUCCCAUGAGAACCUUCAGUGCUCUUACCCAUCCCCUCCGAGAUCUGGCUACAACUCACCCGUCCCCAAUCACCCGCAACACCUCUCUCAACAGCAACAACCACAUCAAAUACAGCAUCAUGAUAAUCCUCACCUCCCAACCACUUUGCCCCCUCCAUCCUAUGAGCAAGCAAUGCAAAUGAAUUACAGCCAAGUCUCUUUUGUUUCGGAAGACGAAGAGCCUGUGAACCACCAGCAAGAGCAACAUCAACCACAGCACCUAAUUCAGCAACAACAACAACAACAACAACCUGAAAUGCAAACCGAUCUCCCAUUCUACGCUUUAGUUCCGAAAUCAGAGCCGGACAUCACCUACGUGGCGUCGCCGAUUCUGAUCCAACGGAACCUUUAUGGCACGCCCAAGGGGCAAGACAUGUCUUCCUCUGGGCCUGAGACCCCGGAUAGCUCUGUCAAGGAGGAGAUGUUGGACUCUCCGGAUACGGGGAAAUAUGUUUGCUUGUGGCUCAGCUGCCACGAGGAAUUCGGUUGUCAAAAGGCCCUGGUCGAUCAUGUGAACGACACCCAUAUGGAAACCAAGAAAGGCUGCGACGAGCUGCCUUGUCACUGGAAGGACUGUCCUCGACGAAUGAAGCCGUUCAACGCCAAGUACAAACUCCUGACCCAUAUGCGAGUUCAUACCAAGGAAAAACCCUACAAAUGCGAACACGAUGGUUGCGAGCGAGCUUUUGCUCGUCUGGAAAAUCGCAAGAUCCACUUCCGGUCUCACACGGGUGACAAGCCGUUCUCAUGCAAAUUCGCCAAGGAGUUCAACUGCACCAAGAAGUUCUCCAACUCUUCGGACAGGGCUAAGCACGAACAAACUCACAAGGACCCGAAACCCUAUCGUUGCGAGGUGGUGGGAUGUACCAAGCGAUACACGGAUCCCAGUUCCCUCCGCAAACACGUGAAGAGUCACACAUUGGAGGAACAGGAUCAGUACCGACGCUUCAAGGAUCAAGUCAAUGUCUCGAAACGGAGCUCCUCGCCGCGGUUCCAUUCGCCUUCGCGACCCUCCUCGACCUGGUCGUGCUCGUCGCCCUCUUGGCGAGGGGGGCAGAGCGAAGGCUCAAACCCGGCUCAGAUCCCGGUGGUGCUCACCAAUAAUUCGACCACCUCGAGUCUGAUGGCAGGUGGUAGGAUGAUCAAUAUGGAGCAAGGCCCCACCUCGCCGUCAUCAGUGGGACAAAGUCCCUUGAGGAUGGAGCAUCUCAUGCAAACGGGCGGUUCCGCCGUUCCCAUGAUUCCAUCGGUUCAAGAGGAGACGAUGUUGGCGUCACAGAAUAAAGGCGGCUUUUUAGUGCAUCAGCCCAAUUCUUUGGACGAUCUGGACGGAGAUUCUUUGCCUCUGGACGAGGUCCCCAUUCGAUUCGAUGACAAUUUUGACUUGACGGCCGAUUGGGUCCAGCCUCACCAUUCUUAAACGCCAUCGUAGCCAGCUGGCUGGCAGAUCAUGAUGAUGUUGAUGAAAUCGUUGAGCGAAGUGGUAUGAUUUGGGGAUGCCCUUCAAAGAUGUGAAUCCCAGGAGUUUCGUUGUUGCAUUUAGUACAAAAAUGCUAUUGCUUACUUUCCUUCCUCUUGUUUUCCCCCCCUUUCCUCUCCCUGUGUCUUCAGUUUGUAGUUGCAUGGUGUUCUCAUUAUAUUUUAAUACUGCAAUACUUACUUGUACGACUUAUACUUUGCGUGCCCUUUGAGAUCAUGAAUUGGCGCUUAGAUAUCUUAUACUCAAAUGACCCUUAACUAACUGGCAUUGCCCCCGAAUCAUGAGCAACACUAAUUCAGACCUAGUACGAAAUCGUAUAUCAAUCAAAUCUGUAUAUUUGUUUUGUGUCUACUCGUUUAUCCAAUCAAUAAAAAAAGCCUUGCAUCAGGACAA